UUGCAUACUCUGUGAGCAAAACAAGAUUCUAUGUGGGCAAGCCACCGUUUGUACCUGUCAUUCGGGAAUUACCAAUCACUAAUACUUUUGCAUUUACCAUGGUGAUAUAUGAUGCAGCAUUCCCUCCUGAAGUGGAAAGCCUCUUCUCAAUUAUUAACUUUACCAAACCAGCCAUGAUAUCCCCUCAAAAGACUUCAACUCCAUUUUAUGUGCAGUUCCUGGCUAACGGUUCUGAUACAGCUUUUUCUACCAUAUUACGAGUCUAUACUAAUGCAUCAAUAUUCACUAUACCUAUACACUGUUAUGAUGGCAAAGUCAAGUAUAUUAUUGAUGGUCUUGAGGAAGACAUAGUUGAUUAUGGAACAGUAGGAACAAGAGAAAAGAGAACGAAAUUAUUAAAAAUUUAUAAUACCAAUCCUGUAGAGGUGACAAUAUCCAAAAUAACAUGUAAUGUAGACUUUGCCUCAGUAAAAUUACUUGAUGUACGACUAAAUGGUAGUAAAAAUAAUAACAACAAUACUUCAUCUUCUAAAGUCAAUGAAUUAAGAAAAAGUGAACACGUCAAGGUUCCUAUUAAGCCUAAUCACGUAGCUUUUUACGAUGUUGAGUUAACAGUACCUGCGAAAGAGGGAAGGUAUUCUGGUGAAUUUGAAAUCACCACAAACUUUGAGGUUCUUCAUGUUCCUAUUUAUUUCAAGGCAAUGGAGGGCAAAGUAUCUCCAUCUCCUCAAGUUAUAACAUUUGAACCCUGUUUUCCUGGUCGUAUAGAGAGUCAAACUCUUUCUCUAACAAGUACAUUCUCACAUCCUGUCAAGCUUUUGUCUGUCAUCCCUCAUCCAGCAGAUCCAAGAUUUACAUUUGUUGAAAACUCAACAGCACCUUCAGAUUCUAUAUCACACAAACUUUAUAGAGUUGGUAGUAUCCAUUUUGAUCCUUCUAAAGGAUGUAAAAGUCAGUGUUACGCUGGUCUUGGUACAGGGACUUCAGGAUCAAAAUGGCUAAGUACGCUCACCCUACCUCCAGAUGUCAUAGACCUGGAAAUACAAUAUGUAGAAAAGUUGCAAAGAAUAUAUGAUUCAAUGAAACGAGCUGGCUCAACAGGAAUCGAGGCUACGUUCAACAUCAACACAGAUUUAGCCCAAGGAAUCAGUCUGACAGCACGAGCAUCUUUAACAUGGCCAUCCUUAGCUCCUGUCAAACCCAUCAAAUUCCCUUUGACACAUAUUGGCAAUUAUUCACUGAAGCAUUUUAGUAUAGAAAACCCAGGGGAUGUUCCUGUAGUUGUUCAGAUAGUUUCUUUAUCCACAUAUCCAAAAUCACAAGGAUUAUUAGAUAUUAUAGCAGAUAGAUUCGAUACCGAUGCAUUUAUGGUUCACGGUGAAAAGGUAUUCUCUUUACCAAGUGUAAAUUCCCAGAAGACAAACAGCACAAGUAAAUCAUUAACAGGUGUAACGCCAGCCAUCAGUGGUACUCUUGGCGUUACACCAGCUCCUAAUACACAUGUCACGGUACUCAAUCCUCGCUCUAAAAUCCAAAUACCAGUAAAGUUUCUCCCCGUAGAUGAUAGAAUCCGAUCUUCAAUCAUUAUUAUUCGUAAUAACCUGACUGUGCUAGAUGCUGUGACUGUGCAAGGUCAAGGGGCACGUGGAGAGUUCAUGUUGAAUUCCAAGAAACCUGGUCUGCAGAGUAUGCUGUUAUUUGAGCUGCGGGCAAGCCAUUUGUCAGAAUGCCACAAAACGCCACCUCGCUCCAGAGCACAGCCACUCUUGUCUGUCAAGAAGGUACUAACAGCUACAAAUCCUGGACAGUUAGCAAUCUUUGUCAGUUCACUAAGUAUAGACGGUUAUGAGUGUGAAGGCUAUGGAUUCAAAAUACUCAACUGCAAGUCAUUUAUCUUGAAUCCUAACUCUUCCAGGAAAAUAGAAAUUGCUUUUACUCCAGAUUUCACCAUGUCACGCGUCACACGUCACCUAGAAGUCAGAAGCACCUUUGGUCCAGUGAUGGAAUUCACCCUAGUAGCGACAAUACCUCCCCACCUACUCCCCCUGUGUGCAUCAGCUAUAGGCCUUACUUCAUGGGAGCCGUACUUACAGAUAGUCACAAGCUUUGUCAUGUGUUUGAUGUUCAUCUUAGUUGUGGUUUAUGCUUAUGCAGAAGCUCGUAACAUAUUAGGCAGUCCGAUACCCAGUACGACGAGUUUGUUGCUAAUGAGUUACAAGGAGCCGGAGCAAGUCUUUGAUCUUAAUGCCAUCGCGAGAGAUAAUUCCAAUUCAAGUAAAGAUGACCGGCAGACUACUAUCAGAAAAAAACGAGGAAUCAAAGACAGAACUGAAGAACGACCUUCUAACACAGAAUCCACCAUUACAGGGACGACUAAUGUGCCUAGUUCUACCAAUAACAAUAUCAAUAAAAACACAAGACAAGAUGUUGUACGAAACAGGAGCCCAAAACCUGAUAUGGCAGGAAAACAGUCCAAUGAUGCAUCUAGAAAACCAUCACCUUCAUCCCAUGAUAGUAAAACACGGAACACCCAAGAUAGAGGGGCAAAAUAUUCAGAUUCUUAUGGCAGUGUGAGUAAAAGAUCAAGUGAAUAUAAUCGUGGUUAUGAGCGAGACUACAAGACACCUGUAGCUCAGAUUGAGGAGCUGAAACAAUCGAUCGCUAGUGUACAGGAAAUGGAGACAGAAAACUGCUCAUACUUUGUUGAUAGCUGUAAAAGGGAAUUCAAGGACGUGAAAUCUAAGUCAAAGAAGAAGGCCAAGGCUUUGAAUAAACGUGAGGACAAGGAUUCUAGAUCAAGGAUUAAGGAGAGGGGUGGUUUUAGACAGUCUGGUGAGGACGAAGGUGGCUGCUCUGAUGAUAGUGGAAGUGAACCAAUGCUGGAUAAAAUGACCUUGGAUGUAAGAAUGGACCAACUGAAUGAAAACAGACAGCAAAGACGAGGCAGUUUUCCAAAUGACUCAAGCAACUCAACACCAAGGGAACCAGUGAUCAGAAGUAACAGUACACAGGACAACAAGAGCAGAGCUCGUAAAAACCAAGUAUCUCUAACCGGAAACAAUGUCACAUACAAAGGGAAGAAAAAUGACAACCAGGCAGGUGGGAAGUCGAAGGCGUUGGACUUGGCAUUUAAGUCUAAGGAUCGCAUUACUGCUCUUCAGAUGGAAUCACAUGAUCUUGGACCCACUUCCCCUCAUGCUAUCGCUGCUGCAGUCAUGUCACAACUGGAAAAGAGUCUCCAAACAUCUUCCAAUGAUAACAGUUAUGAAGAGGAUGAAGGAAAGAAGAGGGCAUUUACCAAAAUGAUAGGAUCCACCAAUCACCUGACAGACUCUCCCCCAUCCAUCUCCCCCACGAACCUCAGUGGAAGCAGCCGCAGUAGUAGCUACAGCAGUAUUGUUAGUGAUGGCUCGUCCUCUGGAAGUGAUCAAGGAAAAGGUUCUAUUGCUCAGGCAUUGAAGCAAAGGCUGAAACCCUUAAGAUCCAUGCCACUGGGAGACCAAAGUCAUUUGUAUGAUGGAGGUCGCCAAGCCCAACCAGUUGGUUUUCGUAAGACAAAACCUUCUCAUGCUUUUACAUUGUCUGCAACAAAGAACAGUCCCUGGUCAACAUCAGCAGAUUCUGCUCUUGCUCCUGGUUCUUCCAGCCCUUCUCUACAACAUGCCUCAAUGUCCCAGUUCAGCCCCAUACCAAGUAGCUCUCUUUUCGAAAGCACUCCCUUCAACACAAUGAGCAUUGCAUCUGGUGAUUUGGGAAAUUCACCACAGGGAUCCCAGGAUAGCCAACGUCUUCCUCGUGAUUUCAGCGUCUUUGGCGUUUCUGAUGCAUCAGAGGAUGCUAGGGCUCAUCCAAGUAUUUGGUCCAGCAAGCCAAAUGACAACCACUUUGGUAAUCCUCAGAGCCUUUUUAGUUCUGGUCCAGCUGAUGAGACGUUCCAGGGAAAGCCUGUACGCUGCCCUAACAACUGGGUCAACUUUCUGGACAAUGCUGAGACAAGCCCUACACCUCUUAAUUUCAAGAGCGUAGCAGAGAUAUGGGAUUCUGGUAGCACCCCAGCCAGUGAUGGAUGGUCAUAUUGUGGUCCACCACACCAACCUGAUACAAGAGGAACACCUGCAGAGUCUGAGGCUGACCCUGUGGACACCUUGUUUAGAGCAGGCCCAAGCUGGGCUUCCACGCCAGAUAACCAGGAAGGAACACCUUUCAUUGCACAAGAAACUUGGGGCCCAGCCCAGGUUUCAAGCAUUUGGAGCGAGCAAUAUGGAUCUAUCCCAAGCUCUACCACUAUGCCAGCUACUAGUGACUCUCUUACCUUCCAAUCAAUGGCUCCACAUCAAGGGGUUGAUUCUCCCGAGCCCGACUCCCCUGGGGGUACUUUUGAUGCUAUGAGUGGAUUCAGUUCACCAGAGAUUUGGAAGCAACAGCCUUGGUCCUCUGGAAAGUAUUGAGAAAAACUGACUUGGUUGUUACUAGUGAUGAUGUGUGUCACCAUGGAAAUGGCAUGUACUUUAGAGUUUAAACUGCUUGGUUGUAGAGAUAUAGUCCUGACAGAUUGCUUCAACUAUUGAAAAUAACCCAAAAUUAGCUUUUCAAACAUUUAAUAUUUUAUAGAAUUUAUUUAUCACUUGGGCUAAGCCAGCUUUUUUAUGUGAAAAAUCUCUACAACAAAACCCUUUUUUCAGAAAUCCUAUUGUUGUAGCCGUAACUGGGGUGAUGUUUGUCUCUGCAAUGUUUGCAACUUUACAGAAACGUGCUUUAUGCCUUUUUCAUAAUCAUAGGACAACCCAUAACUUAGUUUUUCUUCAAAUAACUGGAUUAAAUUGCCCUAUUUCACUAUGACGUCACAUCAAAACAAUCUAUUGUUUAAACGCAAAGGAUCACGGUUGUC